UGGAGGAGGAGGUGGCGGCUGAAGCCUAGCAAGAGGCGGUGGCGGCGGCGGGGCGGCGCGGCGCGCGGCCCAGGAGCGUUAGAAUCCUGAAUUGAGACGGCUCCGCUUGAAGACAGCAGGAGUGGCGGGGCCGCCGCCGUCGCCGGAGAGAUGAGCCGGGAAGCCUGAGGCGGAGACGCCCGCCUUGGGCCCGUCCGCCCGGCUUCCCCGCUCCCGGGUGCUGGAAGAUGAAAGAGACUAUACAAGACACCGGGUCAUGGGGGCUUGAGCCUCCUGGACCUGGUACAGCUUACUCAAGCCCCAGGCGGGAACGUCUUCGUUGGCCUCUUCCCCCUAAACCCCGGCUCAAGUCAGGUGGAGGGUUUGGGCCUGAUCCUGGGUCGGGGACCACAGUGCCAGCCAGACGCCUCCCUGUCCCUCGGCCCUCUUUCGAUGCAUCAGUCAGUGAAGAGGAGGAAGAGGAGGAGGAGGAAGAAGAUGAAGAUGAGGAGGAGGAAGUGGCAGCUUGGAGGCUUCCCCCUAGAUGGGGUCAGCUGGGAGCCUCCCAGAGGCCUCGCCCUUCCCGUCCUACUCAUCGAAAAACCUGCUCACAGCGCCGUCGUAGAGCCUUGAGAGCCUUCCAGAUGCUGCUCUACUCAAAAAGCACCUCGCUGACAUUCCACUGGAAGCUUUGGGGGCGCCAUCGGGGCCGGCGGCGAAGUUUUGCACACCCCAAGAACCAUCUCUCACCCCAGGAAGGGGGUGCAACGCCACAGGUGCCAUCCCCCUGCUGUCGUUUUGACUCCCCCCGGGGACCACCCCCACCCCGGCUGGGUCUGCUAGGUGCUCUCAUGGCUGAGGAUGGGGUGAGAGGGUCUCUACCAAUGCCCUCUGGGCCCCCCAUGGAGGAAGAUGGACUAAGGUGGACUCCAAAGUCUCCUCUGGACCCUGACUCGGGCCUCCUCUCAUGUACCCUGCCCAAUGGCUUUGGGGGACCACCAGGGUCAGAAGGAGAGCGCAGCCUGGCACCCCCUGACGCCAGCAUACUCAUCAGCAAUGUGUGCAGCAUUGGGGACCAUGGAGCUCAGGAGCUUUUUCAGGGCUCUGAUUUGGGCACUGUGGAAGAGACAGAGCGGCCUGGGGAGAAAGCUGGCCAGCACAGCCCCCUGCGGGAGGAACAUGUGACCUGUGUGCAGAGCAUCUUGGAUGAAUUCCUUCAAACUUACGGUAGCCUCAUCCCCCUCAGCACUGACGAGGUAGUAGAGAAGUUGGAGGACAUUUUCCAGCAGGAGUUUUCUUCACCUUCCAGGUGAGAAUCUAGCCCAGAUGCAGGGCCUCACUUUAUUUUCAAGGUGGACAUCUUCAAUAAGGAGCUACUGUUAAUUCCUAUCCACCUGGAGGUGCAUUGGUCCCUUAUUUCUGUUGACGUGAGGCAACGCACCAUCACCUAUUUUGACUCACAGCGCACCCUAAACCGCCGCUGCCCUAAGCAUAUUGCCAAGUAUCUGCAGGCAGAGGCAGUGAAGAAAGAUCGACUGGAUUUCCACCAGGGCUGGAAAGGUUACUUCAAAAUGAACGUGGCCAGGCAGAAUAAUGACAGCGACUGUGGCGCCUUUGUGUUGCAGUACUGCAAGCACCUGGCUCUGUCUCAGCCAUUCAGCUUCACCCAGCAGGACAUGCCCAAACUUCGUCGGCAGAUCUACAAGGAGCUGUGUCACUGCAAACUCACUGUGUGAGCGUCGUGCCCCAUGCCCUGAGCCCAUUAAUGGGCAGGGGGACGUGGGAGAUCCUUCCCAAGAAACUCCAGUUCCAAUCCAGUUCCCUUUGGUUUGUUUUGUUUUUCAUAUUUAAAUGUUUAAAUUGACUUCUGUAUUUUUUUUCCUUUUUGAGAGAAUACUGAUUUCUGAUGAGCAGGGCGUGGCCAUGGAAAAGCCCUUUUCUCACCUCUCUAUAAGGGGAACUUUGCCUUGUGGCCUGCGUGGAGCAGUCAUUCCCCCUUCCAUGUUCAAGAGACAGGAAAAACGUGUGGGGGUGGUGGGCAAGCAAAGGGAUUACUGCCUGCCAGAUCUUCAAACCUUUUUUUUAUAUAAAUAUAUAUAUAAAUGCCAUGGUCCUGCUCUGGUCAAUAAAGGAU